GUAUCAAGCAGCUCUCAUGUCUUCGACCUCUGUUUAGCGCGUCAGGAGUCUCUAGCUCACCUGCACUACUCACUCCUGCGUUGUCUAACCGGACCACGCACGACUUCUGAGGCUGCUACCAAUCCUGCCGCUAUCCAGAAUGAUAUAGACCCUGUGCUUCGAGCCAGCCUAUUUGAUUUACUAGCCGAAGUGGUGCUUUGUCACAACCAACCUUCAACGAAAGGCAGAAAACCUCAAAGCCAGCAUCAAUCGUCUAAUGAAUCCAGUUCUACCGCCACUCACAGCUCCACGAUCCCCUUACUUCUUUCCUUGCUCACUAGGGAAGAUUCGUCCGGCGUGUCCUCGACAUCUCCAAAAGCUAGCAUUCGUCCUCUCGGUUCGACUGCAGCAAUCGAAGUGCCCGACUAUUUGGAGGCUGCUCUCCAGCUACUUGAAGAGUUUCGCGUAAAAUUUUACCAUUCUGUGCAAAAACAUGCACAUUAUCUUGUUAACCUCUUCUCCAGUCUAUUCCGUACUAUACUCUCGUAA